AUGAACCAUAACUUGGAAACUAUCAUACCGAAUGAAAAAGAAUAUAAGGAAGAAUGUGUAAUUACAUCCAUUGAUAUUUUUAGUGGACCACACAAUUAUUUAAAUUUUUAUUACAUUUGUGAAGUACUUUUUAAUGAUUUCAGCUUUAUUUCCCCAUAUCACUGUUAUUUUUUUUUAAGAAAUCAGUAUGAAAAUGUAGAAAAUGUUGAAACGAAUUAUAAACAAAACACAAGUUUUAAUUUUGAUAAAAAUAUCCAUUUUAAAAUAAUAAAUGAGAAGAAGGCCAUUGAAUUAUUUAAAAAUCACAAUGUAAUUUACUAUGAAGAGAAAGGGUUAACAGAAUCGAAGCGGAAGGUCCUGGAGAAUAUCGCUGAACUUGUAAAUAAGUUGACAGUCUCCGAUUUGGAGGCCAUUUCUCCCUAUUUCGGUGAGAAUCCAGAAUGGAAACGAAACAAACUGCUGUGGAUGGAUAUGAUCCAAAGGGAUAAAUUUCGGAGGUAUGAAAAAAUGAGAGAAAAUUUGAAAGAAACAGGAAAUCGUGAAAUUGUAUACAAAGUAAAUAAGGAGGAUGUGACAAAAGUUCAAAAUAAGAAUAUGAUAAAAGAUUUUUUAUUUUUUGGCGUUUUUGAAAAGAAAGGACAAAAUAAUUUAGGGAGAAUUUAUAUGAGCAUAAGAAAUGACAUAAUGAAAAAUGCAGAAAUUUAUGUGUGGCUUUUAACAAAUUGUAACAUGCAGACAGACAAGAAUCUAGUUGCGGACAUUUCUAUUGAAGAAACAUAUUUCGAAAAAAAAAUAGUUGAAGAUGGUGAUGUAGAGGAGGAAGAAGAAGAUAACAAACGUAAUGAUAUACUAGUCAAAGAAACUAAAAAAAAAAUUUCAGGAAAUGUUAAUUUUUCAUCAAGUAGACGCAUAACAGUAGAAGAGAAAAUACAAAAUUACUCUUUUGAAAAAAAAGAAUAUAUAUCAUUUGGUAAAAAUGAACACAAUGAUAUUAUCUGUUUGAAUCCAUCGAUUUCAAGAUUCCAUUGUAUACUAUUUUUCUCGAAAGAUUAUUAUCUUUACCUCAUAGAUGUAGGAUCUAAAUCAAGAACAAGACUAAACAAUAAUUUGUGUGAGAUUCACAAAAAGUACAAAAUUGGGAAUAACGACAUUAUCACAUUAGGUGUAUCAAAGAGAAGAUAUAAAAUUAAUAUACAUAUAAACAACGUUUUGUCAUACCUGGAUAAAAAACAGAGUGAAAUAAAUCAAAAAAUGAAAUAUAUGAAUGAAGAUAUGGAAAAUCCACAACGAAAGAAAAAUCUACUUAAAUUAAAAAUUUCAAAUAUUUAUUAUAAAUGUAAUGAAAAUGAUAUAAUAGAUUUUUUUAAAGACUGUGGCGAAAUUAAGAAGAUACACAUGUAUAAUGUACCUGCUAUAAAAUCCUCCGAAAAUGUUAAAUCGUCAAAUAAUUUGAAAAACAACAAAUCUUUAAAGGAAGCACUAGUAGAAGUUUAUGAUAGAGAAACAUCUGCUAAAAUUAUGAAAAAAAAUGAGUCUUUUUUAUAUGGAAGAAAAAUUUAUAUCAUCUACCAACCAUGGUCUCCAUACAAACAGCGUGAUUCAGCAUUUUACAGAAAAAAAGAAAAAGCUUUUGACACACAAAGUACACGCAAAAGUGGAAAGUAUCAGGGGAAUAAAAUCGUUGUUUCGAAUGACAAAUAUACCUACAGGAAAAAUAAGAAUAAAAAAAUUCAUGAUAUUCUGGAGGGUGAAGUCCAGAGAAGGAGUAGCGAGAACAGAUCUCCUCAAAGGGGUAAAUUUCUAAAGUAUGAUUCCAUUCAUAGGAGGGAAAGUGACAGAAGUGAUAGAAGUGACAGAAGUGAUAGAAGUGACAGAAGUGAUAGAAGUGAUAGAAGUGACAAAAGUGAUAGAAAUGACAGAAGUAACAGAAGUGACAGAAGUGAUAGAAGUGAUAGAAGUGACAGAAGUGACAGAAGUGACAGAAGUGACAGAAGUGACAGAAGUGAUAGAAUUGAUAGAAGUAACAGAAGUGAUAGAAUUGAUAGAAGUAACAGAAGUGAUAGAAGUGAUAGAAGUAGACCUAGGCAUAGGAGAAAAAUGGCGAGCACCAGCAGUAGUAAACGAAUCGAACGCUCGCAUGGAUUGCGCAAACACAAAAGACGUAGUGGGCAACGGAAAUCCAAUGAUAGUAGAGUCACCAAAAGGAGGAGUAACAAAUAUCACCAUUCCAGGAGAGACAGCAAUGGUGGUUACAAAAGGAAUACAUAA